CAGUGUUGCGGAUCCGACCAGCCACGCCGCUGUGCUCUUGAUUAUACAUUUUCUUUUUAUUUUCCUCCUUCUUCCCUCCUCUCCCUGUUUGGUAUUCCUGAAGAUUUCUCUUUGGAGGUGAAUCGAAAUCAGAUUUUGAAGGAUGUCUGUGGCCGGGCUGAAGAAACAGUUCCACAAAGCCAGUCAGCUAUUUAGUGAAAAGAUAAGUGGGGCUGAAGGCACAAAGCUGGAUGAAGACUUCAUGGAGAUGGAGAGGAAAAUUGAGGUCACCAACAAGUCCGUAUUUGACGUCUUAUCAAAGACAACAGAAUACCUCCAACCUAACCCAGCCUCCAGAGCCAAGCUGGGCAUGCUCAACACUGUUUCUAAGAUCCGGGGACAGGUGAAAACCACAGGCUACCCCCAGAGCGAAGGCCUUCUGGGAGACUGCAUGCUCCGCUACGGUCAUGAGUUGGGAGAGGACUCCGUCUUUGGGUGUGCACUGGUGGAUAUGGGUGAGUCCAUGAGGCAGAUGGCUGAAGUUAAGGACUCCCUGGACAUAAACGUGAAACAGAACUUCAUUGACCCCCUGCAGACUCUACAGGACAAGGAUCUCAAAGAGAUUAUGCACCACCUGAAGAAACUGGAGGGCCGCCGAUUAGACUUUGAUUACAAGAAAAAGCGGCAGGGGAAGAUUCCAGACGAGGAGAUCCGCCAGGCCGUGGAGAAGUUCGACGAGAGCAAGGACCUGGCCGAGAGGAGCAUGUUCAACUUCCUGGAAAAUGAUGUGGAACAGGUGACCCAGCUGUCGGCACUGAUUGAAGCAGCAGUAGAUUACCAUCGGCAGUCCUCUGAAAUUUUAGAGGAUCUCAGUGCCAAGUUGCAAAAGAGGAUAGCUACAGCCAGCAGCCGCCCCAAACGAGAGUUCCAACACAAGUCCAUCAUGAGCAGCAUCGAGGCUAUCGACAGUCAGCACAACGGAUUCUCUCAUACCUCCUCCCUCAAAUUGUCAGAUAUCCAGCUCAACCCCACAGUCAAUGGGAAAAUCGAUCACUUUAGCUCUGUUCCUCUGUCUUGGCCAGAAAACUCAACUACAAAUGGAGAUAGCCACCAGUUGCCGGAUCAGCCGUGCUGCCGCUCCCUCUAUGACUUUGAGCCAGAGAACGAGGGUGAGCUUGGCUUUAAGGAGGGAGACAUCAUCAUCCUCACAAACCAGAUUGAUGAGAACUGGUAUGAGGGCAUGAUCCAUGGCGAGUCUGGCUUCUUUCCCAUCAACUACGUGGAGGUCAUUGUCCCCCUACCCCAGUGAGACCAGCAGAAACUCUGGGGUCUGGUCCUAUAAGACUCCAGUACUUUCAUAGACUCCACACUAAAAGCACACAGCCUCCAACCUUCGGUCUUGCAACUUGGCUCAGUCCUGGAUAUUUGAGGCCUGCUCGACCUCAAGCUGAAAAAACAUCACCCUGGAUUUUAACCGAGCCAGAGAGGUAGUAGCUUUAGGCUCAAUGUGUCAGCUAUCACGUCAUUUAUCAAUGAUAUGUAUGGACUGACACAAACUGAAGCCCAUGCCAUGAAGUGAGAAUUCACUGGCUGCAGCCCACUAGGACUGGUCUGAAAAUGUCAAUCAAAACUCUUCAUUCCAGCCUCUCAUGGCUCUUCAAACACAAAGUCAGGUCCUUCUAUAAGGUUAUAACUUCAUUCUUUUUCUCCAAAACUCCUCUGCCUGAGCCUUCACCACCUUGUCAUCUACUGGGUCUAACACUUACCUUGAAGUGCAUUGCUGGACAUAAUGAGUGCAUUAUAACCAUAUUAACAGGAUAUUUGCGUUGACCUUACAUUAUGGUCCAACUGGAACCUUAACAUGCCUUUCAAUGUGGCAUAGCACACAUUACAAUACAUUUGAUAUUCUAAAAUCUUUUGAAGCUAUUCAGUUAAUAGAGAAUGUGUUGUGUAUUGUAUGCCAUCACUUGUUUUUUUUUUUAAAAUAUAUAUAUAAA